UGGGGGUUCCUGGUCGGGGGCCAAGGUCAGCUGGGUGGACGGGCAGAGGGAGCAGCAAGGUCUGAGCCCUCCCUGGGGACGUGCGUCCGCUCAGGGUGCCCUGCAGGGGACCCUGGGUCUGCAGAAGGUCCUGCUGGCCAGAGGGCAGGGCUGGGCACCCCGCCAGGGACCGGCCCCAGGCUCCGCAGGGAUUCGACUGUGGAGGGCCACCCAGGUAGCCCUCAGGGUCAAGGCAUGGAAAGCGAGGGCCCCUUACCCCAGUUCACGGGAGACCAUGAGGCCCGUGAGAAGGGACAGGCUGCCACCUGAGUCCUGGUGGCUGCCACUCUGGCAAGCACUGCAUGUCCCUGGGCCAAGGCCUCAGUCCGCCUAGCCCUAAGGGACCAACCUGGCCUUGAUAAGGCUGCCGGCCUUUAACUGAUGCCUGCUGUCUCUGGGGGGAUGGUUGCUAUAACGAAGGGGGCUGGAGACGCGUGGGGACCGAGCUGGGGGCACUUGACGCCUGAAGAAGUUGGCAGUUAUGUAUCAGAUGCCCACACCCUUCAUCGUGGCCACGCUAACAAGCAGGGGACAAGCAGCGGACGCAGCCCACACUUCCUAGCUGGAUGACCUUCACAGCUGUGUGACCUUGGAGGGCCGUCUCCCUGGUGGCUGGGAUGGAGGGCGCCCCGACUGGCCACUUCCACACGACCACUCCUCUGCUGGAGAGCUGGGCGCUGUCCCGGGAGGCGGGCGUGAAGGUCCUCCUCAAGUGUGACAACAUGCAGCCGGCCGGCUCCUUCAAGAUCCGGGGCAUCGGGCACUUCUGCCAGCAGAUGGCCAAGAGCGGGUGCAAACACCUGGUGUGCUCCUCAGGGGGCAACGCGGGCAUCGCUGCCGCUUACUCUGCUCGGAAGCUUGGCAUCCCGGCCACCAUCGUGCUCCCCGAGACCACUUCCCUGCAGGUGGUGACGAGGCUGCAGGGACAGGGGGCCGAGGUGCAGCUGGCUGGAAAGACCUUUGCUCAGAGCCCACGCUGUGCAUCCUGCCACUGGCCACUGACCAGAGCAAGUCCCAGUGGAUACCAGCGUCAAGAGGCCGGGUGGGCUCGGCCACAGGCACGCACCUGUGACGCAGGAGCAGUGGGGUCCUGGACACGGGCCGCAGCCCAGCAGGGUGCGCCUCAGACUUGGGGAGGGGGACCCGGAAAGCCCCCCCAGAAGGGUCCCCUCAGUUGGGUCUUGAAGGAGAAAUAUGAGUCUUCUCUGCGGAGAAAGGGGACAGAGAUCUGGGAUGAUGCCAAUCUGAGGGCACAGGAGUUGGCCAAGAGGGAUGGCUGGGUGAACGUCCCCCCGUUUGACCACCCUCUGAUAUGGGAAGGCAACGCCAGCCUGGUGCGGGAGCUGAAGGCCACCCUGGGGACCCCGCCAGGUGCCGUGGUCCUGGCAGUGGGCGGCGGGGGACUCCUGGCAGGGGUGGUGGCCGGCCUGGUGGAGGUGGGCUGGCAGCACGUGCCCAUCAUCGCCAUGGAGACCCGAGGGGCGCACAGCUUCAACGCCGCCGUGGAGGCAGGCAAGCUGGUCACGCUGCCGGACAUCACCAGUGUGGCCAAGAGCCUGGGCGCCAAGACGGUGGCGGCGCGGGCCCUGGAGUGCACGCGGGAGUGCAGGGUCCUGUCUGAGGUGGUGGACGAUGCGGAGGCCGUGAGCGCUGUGCAGCGGUUCCUGGAUGACGAGCGCUUGCUGGUGGAGCCCGCCUGCGGUGCAGCCCUGGCCUUCAUCUACUCGGGCCUCCUGGGGAGGCUGCAGGCUGAGGGCCGCCUGGGCCCCCUGGCCUCUGUCGUGGUCAUCGUUUGUGGGGGCAACGGCAUCAACAGUGGAGAGCUGCAGGCUCUGAAAGCCAAGCUGGGCCAAAGCUGAGGGUCCCCAAGACCCGCCCGCGAAGGCUGUGGACACGUGUGGCUGGCUCAGGGCCUCUGCUCCAGGGGAUGACUGUGGGGGCUUCCUGGACAUUCAAGAUGCCCUCCUCCUACUACUACUCCUCCAGAAAGCCCUCCAGAACUGCUCCUGGGGCUCCUGGCAGCCACGGCCAAUAAAGCCCUCUGGGCCAAGUUUGCCAUC